ACUAAACGUUUGCUGGCAGAACACGUUGAAACAAAAGAAAGAUGAAACGGUUAUCGAGAUGCUGUUGCUGCUGCAACGUGCGCGACGGGUCCAUCACGGUGGGCGUGCUGGGCAUCCUGCUCUCCAUUGCAACCAUCAUCUUCAUCUGGCUGGCCCCGAGCCACCUUGUCUCCUUCAAAUCCUACUUCUUUGAGGAACAGGAUAAACAGUACAGUAUUUCAAAAAUCAUUAUGACCAUCAGUUUAUGCUUCACGAUACUGAUAUGCAGUGCCCUCAUCAUAGCAAUCAAAAAGCGGCGUUCAUGGCUGAUGCUCCCGUUUGUGGUACUGGGUCUGGUGCUGGCCAUUGGGCUGCUCAUCAGCAUUCUACACACAUCCAUAGUGCUUUACACGGACGAUAAAGAGGAUUACACCAUCUUAGCCACCUGCAUACUAGUGGGCGGCCUGAUCUAUCUAAUUCUUUAUUUGUACCUGUGGGUUGUGGUAUUCAGCCAUUACCUGGACACACGUGACGAGGAAGAACGAGGACGGUACAGCAAGAGCCCAUACAGACGAUAGAAACGAACAACGACCCCUUGAUGUUACAAGACUAAAAUAAUUUAAGGCGCCUAACACCUCCAGUGACCUAGUCACAUUGAACGGGCUGCUGAGCAGUAAUAGAGCUCUGUUAAAGUGCUCACACUAUAUAAUACAUACAGCCGAGAGAACAUAGUUAUACAGCAAUCAGAGACUGGAGGGCCUAACGUGAACCCCGAAAUUCGAAAAUUGCGAGCAUAUUUCUCUGUCACUCUAAGUAAUUAAGCCUUAACUGGAGGAAAGGAGAAAAUUAUAGUUACAGUUAUAGCCCAGACUUCAGAUAGGCACAUCUGCGAAACGCUGUGAAAUGUAUAAAGUAUAUUUCAAGACUAAUUACCUCUAGUCGCGGCGCUGCCGCGUACCUUUUUUUACUUUUUAAUCUGCCAGAAUCUAGCCCCGUUCGCACCUAUAUGGAGACUGCAUUUGAACGUGUUUUAAAAACAAAAUAUACGUACGUACAUUCAAAAAGGUUGGACUUGGAAGUCUCAUACGUUUGGUCAACCAACGAACCACCAACUUUUUCAGAUGUUCUGAUUCAUAAGACAAGAUUAAUCUGAUUGAUACAGCUUCAUGUACUAUAUAUUGGGUAUAUAAAAUGUAUGUUUGAAUGUGUCAUAUUAGGUAUAUGCUUAUAUGACUGAAUAACUAUAGCCCUUAAGUACUUACUUAAUUAUGGUCCAGUUUUUAACGUUAAUUCUUAAUGAGCCUUUAUGAUCUGUAAGGUCAUGAAAACAUUUUUCGAAUAAAAUAAAAUAAAAUAAAAAUGAUUUGUACUCGAUACAUAUAAUUUGGAGCUUAGAUAGGUACACUAAUCCUCUUUCUAUAUUAUAUAGGUACUCAACAUAAUUAUCUCAACAAUAUUAAAAUACACAUAAAUAUUUUACUGGAACUUGAAUUUGGACUGUACCUGUAAGCGGUGGACUAAAGUUACCUGAUUUUCCGGUAAACAUUUGUAAUAAUUAUAACUAUCAAAUAAGAUUACUUACCGAAAAACUUUUAACUCCUCCACUCGAAUGGCUCUUUAGGAUACAACUUUGGAAACGCUAAAAUACUAAAAAAUUAUAUUAGUGCAAAAAACCACGAAAUAUAAACAUAUAUACAAAUACGUGUAAGAUUUUUAGACUAGAAUAAGACUGUUAGUUCUAUUCAUGCCUAAAAAACUAAAUAAAUGUAACUUGACUUUAAAAUUUAGACGCACCAGAACUGUAAGUUUUUUUAUAUAGGUAAGAUGUGUCAGUAACAUAACAGUAAGUAUAUAUGUGACGUCCCACAGGUAAAGGUACCAACGCCGUUCCAAUAUUAUUGCGGCGCUAUGUGACGUAAGCGCCAGCCGCCAUAAGGUACCUUUUUCCGUGGAACGUCACAUAUAUGGUAAAGAGUUGGAUGAGUUUACCGAUCGAUGGCUGUUAUGCGUGGGCAAAGACAAAAUAUACUUACUUAUUUCUGUAUGGGGGGCGUUGGGCUGUAAGGUAACACAGUUAUCAAAAAGUGCCUUAUUGUAGCAUAAGAGCAAAGUUGAAUAUUUAACAGAUUUACUCAACUAAGUCAGUACUUGUACGAGAUGUACCUAUAUAUAUUGGGUAUGUCAGGCAUACCAUGUGUAAAAUAUGAAUAAAUAUGUGGUGGGGACAUUAAAAGCAACGACAUGUUUAGAUGUUGACAUAGACAUAGUUACGCUCGGGCACAUGUACUGAAACAUGUCCAGUAGGACAUGUACGUAUGAAUCGUAAAUCAGUCCUCGCAGUAUAAAUAUCGUCAUCCUUGAAUUUCUACGAAAAAAAAAUUACAUCCUUUGUGGAGUAGAUAUAAUUAAUUGAUUAUAUUUAGUUGUUGCAAAAACUUUACCUUUUAAAAACAGUAUCGUCUUAGGUCAUCCCAUUCGUUUUUCGUCGAAUUAUUAAAUUAGUCAUAUUCUGCUUUCGUCACCCAUUCUACAUUCGUCACAAUCGUCGGUGGCUUUCACUGUAAAAUGCGUGACGAAAGCAGAAUAGGCCUAAUUUAAGAACUUGGCGAAAAACGAAUGGGACGACCCAAGACGAUACCUUAAAAACGCAAAUAAAAAUACUCAUCACUCAUCAUAGAUCUGUUAUUUGAUGUAACUAAGGUACAUAUAUUAUAAGAAUUGAAUGCUACAUUCAAUAGAAGUUACAAUACAAUCACACAUAGUUUGCAUUUCGUUUGACUUCUUAUUGUAGUCAAUUAUUUUAACGGAUGAUGGAAUAUACCUACUGAAGCGAAUUACUGUUUUGCGAGUAAGUGAAAAUAAUGUUAAAUGACUGACAGUCCAUACUCUAGUUAGUAUUUGUAAAAUGAUAUUAAACUGACGUGUUUGUUUUUUUUUUAUAUUAUUUAAAGAGUAAGAGAGAGUCUACUACGAGUAUCAUGAUCAUAAUGUGCAACACAUACGUAUGUUUAACGCACAAAUAGUCGUCGUUUUAUACUUAUAUAGUAUGUAGGUAUAAAUAAACUGGAAAUAUUUAAAAAAGUUCUAUGAACUUUGAUUUACGAUGUUUUAAUUAUGAUCUGGGUAUAUAUAUAACAUCGUUCAUUUUUACAGAAUAUUAUAAAUACCUAAGUAGGAUCUACAUAACACCUAAUUUUUAUUUCUAAAUGUUCGGAAUAUAAGGAGCACACGGGAAGCAGACGAGGGACUAGCCGAGAUUACGAAUGAGCAACACCAAGUUAUGAUAUGAGUCUGUAUUAAUCGUAGUAAAUUAACACACAACUAUAUCUAGUUUUAUAUGAUUGAAAACAUUACAUUAAAAGAGGUUUGUAAAAGUUAUAAAGGCUGAGUAAAACAUAAAAUAAUUAAAAUAAAUGGGACGACACAAUCUUACAACCGCAUUGGGCUGAGGGCAGCGACAAAGAGGAAACCACAGAUACAAAAUCUUUUUACACCUAAUGUACGGCAUAGAUUACACAAUCUUUAACACGCCUCCUUAUGCUGUACAUUGGAUAAUCUUACAACAUGAUAGAAUAUUGAAUAAGUAUACUGAACAACAUGAAAUCUAACUAGUACUGUGACUCUAAAACAUAACAAGUAACAACAGCUAUGGAUGCGAGUUUUCAGUUAUGCAUUUUAGUUUCAAACCUUUUACAAAUUUUAGAUGCUUUUGCACACACAAUGGUUUUGUAAGCACAUCGGCUAUCAUUUCAUCAGUACACAAGUAUUUAACACUAAUAUUCCCUUCAUGUAUCAAAUCUUUAACAAAAUGGUACCGCAAGUCUAUAUGUUUAGUUUUUCUAUGGGAAUACUCCUUGACUAACAACAAUUUCUGUGCACUUUGAUUGUCAUUGAAUACAUUGACAUUAAAUUGUUUAUCAAUAAUUUCCGACAAGAAAUUCUUAAUAAAACAUAUGUCCUUGCAAACAUCAGAAAUACAAAGAAACUCACUUUCUGUACUAGAAAGAGCGACACAUCGCUGUUUUCUGGCUUCCCAGUUGAUGACACAAUUACCAAGUUUAACUACAAAACCAGUAUACGACUUGCGGUCAGUUAUGUCAUUAGCCCAAUCAGCGUCCGCAAAAGCGUUUAUUUCAAAGUUCUUAUCUUUUUCGAAAUAAAGGCCAUAAUUGAUAGUACCGGCUAAGUACCUUAAUACCCGCUUUGCAGUCCGCCAAUGGCUUUCAUCAAAACAUGUACUGAAUUGACUUAACUGGCUACACGCGUAUGAAAUGUCUGGGCGAGUACAAACGGACAAAAACAUAAGCGAGCCUAGUAGUUGCCUAUACUGAUAAACAUUGUCAUCUAAAUGCUUGUUGGACUUUUCUAAUUUAUAAUUUACAGGUAAUGGAGUUGACACUGGUUUACACUCAGACAUGUUGUAGCGCUCAAGCAGCCUCUUAAUAUAAUCAUGCUGAUCUAGAACAGUUACAUUAUUGUACUUAGUAACAUUCAUGCCUAAACAA